UGGAAGGAGUUAGAAACCAAACGACGCCGCGAAAGCGCGACCGCGUCAAUACUAUACUGCUAUCGCUUACGUUACGUAAACGGUAAAGGCACAGUCGCUCUUUCUGUUUUGUCGCGCUUCUUUUUCGGCCUCACUGAAAUUUCUCACGCGAUCCUACGGUUGCUUAGUAUCAGCAUGUGGUAAUAGAUGCAGAGCCGGAACGCCUUCUUGGCUAAAAUCGUGAGUGGCUCGUGAUCGAAGUAGCUUCUGACGUGUGGUCUGUGAUGUAAGGAAGGUAAGAUAGGCGAUAACUGUGCUUUGGAACGAGAGAGAAAGCAAGGGAGAGGCGAAAUUGAAGCAAUUUAUGGCUGAUGCUGCUGCUGUACCACAACGUUAUUUUUGCUCUGUCAUCUUGACGCUUACAUAGUCUAACCCGAGCUCCCUGUGAUCAGGGCCUGUGUGAUUUGGGUACCCCGUACGGACAUUCGAUGCAUUGAGCUGCUGGGAUCAGAGCGUUUGCGUUUGAGCCGAAGUCGGUCGAUCUAAAUCGAAGUAACGACUCACUUUCUCCAAUGGUCAGCGACCGAUCAGCCGCACUCUCUGAUCAGGCAGCUAUCGGCGGCUGACGAAAAACUGUCUGUGUACCUUCCGUCCUACAGGGCUUCGGGUAGUGUUGCGUGAUUGUUGUUGUUGAUAGCGUGAUAGGUGACAGGCGAACCCCAGGCUCGGGCAGGACAACGUAAACAGGCCAACAGGAAAUCCCCAGACACUCUUAACUGGCCGUUAACCUGCCGAUGUGGGCUGUAUCCUUCGGACAACAGAUAGAUUACGGGUCCCGCCGGCGGUGACAGCCAGCUUGACCCAUAGUAUUAUCCUAAAAACUUCUGCGGUCGAAAGCACCUAUUAGCAAUGCGGCCGCCCAGCAUCUGCUCUCGUGCAUCUGCUAGUAUAUCGUAACGACGAACAGCAUCCGCUGUCGAGACAUCUUUUUAAGCACCGGCGUAACAUACGACGCAGACUCUUAGAAGCUGAGCCGACCGGUUGGAUAAGUGUCACGGGCAUCCUUGUGAAUCGUGUGUGUGUCUCCGUAUGAGCAGAUGAGCUUGCAUGGGCCGUCCCUUCCCCGUGUGCGAGAAGGCUUUAUUGAAAUGCAGUAGCAAAGGGGGACGGGCUAGUCAAAUCAACCAUAAGUGGCAAAUAUAGCCCUGGCGCGAUCUACUAAGGAGCAAUAGGAAGUCGAAUGUCGAUCUCCGUUUAAAAGGACUCAUACAUUGCUGCCACACGCGCUAAGUACUCGUUAUUAUUUAUCUAGUAGCUCAGAUUAGGUCCCAGCUGCGCUCUCCAACGGUGACAUUGUAGUGCAAUCUGGUGAAAAAAACACUGACAAAGUAGAAAGAAGUAAACAAGCGUCAAGGGUCGCUACUGGCACCAGGUUGCUUAAUCGUCACUAUAGCGUCUAAUGAUGGCCUGGCGUCAGCAGUAAUAGUAUAAAGCUGCUAUCGGAUAUGGGAGUUCGUUCAUUUUUGGUAGAGUGAAAUAACACGAAGCUUCGCAGUCAAUAAUUGUCUUUAGAGAACAAGCUUUUAACAACUCAUCAAUAUGUCAACCCGAUGUAUAGUGAAAACUGACACAGCACGGGAGGUUCUAUCCGAAUUCUGUGGAACAAUGUUGCUAACGUUGUUUAAUAUCGCCGGACCGUUGAAUGUAGCGAUCUCAGGGAUCUCAAACGCAUUUCUCGCUAAUGUGGCAUGUGCGGGUGGAGUAUUCCUCGGCAUGGCGACGGCCAUGUCAAAUUCGGGCGCCCAUCUUAACCCAAUUGUUACUACGUCUUUCGCGUCUCGUGGGCUAUUCCCGUGGAAAAAAGCUCCACACUAUAUAAUCGCCCAAUAUCUGGGUGCUUUUGUUGGAGCAGUCAUCACGUACAUGAACUUUGCCGAGGGGAUCAACAAAUUCGAUGGAGGCGUACGUGUCUUUGGUGGAAGUCCCAACGCUACUGGGAUAUUCUUUGCCACUUACCCCAAUGCUGGCGUAUCAAUUAUUACCUGCAUCUUCGACACGAUGCUCUGCAGUGCGCUUUUGCUAUAUGCAAUUUGCGCCAUUACGGACGAAUAUAACUCGAGAAUCCCUAUCUAUUUGUGGGCUCCGUGCGUGUCGUUCAUGGUCAUGAUAAUCAUAUCGACCCUUAGCUACAAUUGCGCUGUGGCAAUGAACCCCGCAAGGGAUUUGGCACCCCGACUCUUCACCGUAAUCGCUGGUUACAGUUUUGAGGGCUUCUUGCCACACGGAGGCGUAUUUUGGGUUGUGGCCACAUUUGUUCCGCAUCUAGGCGGCCUUAUUGGAGCCCAGUUCUACCACUUCUCCAUCAGUCUCCAGAAGCCCGGUGAGCAGGAUCGCAUUGAAGAGGCCGCUGAUGGGAAACUCAUGAGGAGCAACACCUCUGAGUGAUUUAUGGCUUUCCACCGAUAUCUCUAGAGUCGGAGACAAAAACGACUGGCUUUCUUCCAGCAUGGCUAAAUGUUAAAUGUUCAGCUAAAAUUGCAGAGGCACGAAGUCCAUGUGUCAGUAGUAAGGGACAGUCACUUAGCCAAGAAAACGUUCCAUGAACGUCGAUUUCACGCCAACUUCAAUUUGACUUAUUUUCUGCAUGGAUAUCGGAUACAUGGGGAAGAUUUUAAUACCGAUAAUAUUUUGUCUGAACGCCAAAGUGAAGCGAAGUUGCCAGAGGCACGAUUGAGGAAAAAUGGCGAACCAAUGCAGCCAAACGAGGUACCUUUAUCGAAUACAGAUCUUGGGAUCGUUGAGGUCAGCGUCACUCCUGGAGAUACACGAAGACUUUAGUGAAUUCUCUUUAUUCGUAGGCCUUUUUUUACGUAUAUUUGACUUUCUGCUGGUGUUAAUUAACUAGACGUGAUAGAACGUGAUGCUCAAUGUUUUUUUACAUGCUUGUAAAUAAAAGCCAAGCUGUCAGUUGCAAAAGGGUGGAUACUUUCUACACCUAAAAGUUGUCAACAGUGAGAGUGUAGGACAGUUUAUUAUAUAUAUAUAUAUAUAUAUAUAUAUAUAUAAUAUAAGAUACAGCAACCAAACGUAUAUGCAUAUAUCAUUGGACAGGGUUGAAGUCUGAAAAGAUUGUAUUAUACAAAUAAAAUUA